UCAGGGGAAAUGUUAGGGGUUGGGUUGGGCUGGACGGAUUCAGCUGGUAAAAGUUUUUCGUGCGCUUUUCUCUACACGUUAUUCAGACAACGCGCGCAGCGGACGUAAAGUCAUCUUUAAAAAGUUAGCAAUGUUUUGAAACCACCGAAAGCGGCGAAACUAAAACUAAACGCCACUUUGUGUUUUUGUUUUUAGACUGUAGCCAUGAUGACUCCAAACUAGCUAUUGGGCUAAACGCACCGAAAUGGACUCUGUUGUGCGUGUCAUUGCGAAUCUUGGUUCGGAUUUCAGGAUGAAGUCGAAUCGAUCCAGAAUCGAUUAACGAUGCUCUCCAGAAAGAAGAGUAAAAACGAAGCGUCCAAACCAGCCGAAGUUCAGGGCAAAUAUGUGAAGAAAGAAACGUCCCCGCUGCUGAGAAAUUUAAUGCCCUCAUUUAUCCGGCAUCCCACAUUUCUUCGGCGUGAAGCACCAUUGGUGGAACCGGUUCCUUCUGGGGUACCAUCUGGUGCUGGUGCGUAUCCCUCCGGUUCCCUUGGGGACGUCAGCGGCCCCAAGAGUUUCCUACGCAACGCACCCCAACGAACGGCCCUCGAGGUCGCACGUAGAGAGAGUAAUCGUCUGUCUGCCCCUCCACAUCUUCAUCACGAUUACUCGCCUUCAUCCCCAUCGUACAUCAGCGAAACUGCUUCAGUAACCGAGAACGGAGACGGCGGUCCGUAUUACUACCCACCUGAGCCCUACUACAACAACCAGCCCAGACGAGCACACAGACCAGACCACUUUAAUGAGAACUACGGAUACUAUGAGCAUAAUGAACUCAAUUACCCACGAAGCCCUGCACAGCCCCAGACACCCCAGCCACACAGUCGCCCACCCCCAGCAAUUGGGCGCGUGCCAGCGAAGUCUCUUGGAAAUCUGACCACGAUGAGUGGGGAAGACGCUAUUCUACCUCCUGGCUGGACUGUUGAUUGGACAAUUCGAGGCAGGAAGUAUUUCAUCGAUCACAACACAAACACUACUCAUUGGAGCCACCCACUGGAGAGGGAGGGGCUUCCACCAGGCUGGGAGAGGGUGGAGUCAGCCGAGUUUGGCGUGUACUAUGUUGACCACAUCAACAAGCGGGCCCAGUACAGACAUCCUUGCGCACCCAGUGUUCCACGUUAUGACCAGCCUCCUCCGCCGCCAGUCACCUAUCAGCCCCGCCCACCAGAACGGAACCAGGCUGUUCUGGUACCAGCAAACCCGUAUCACACAGCGGAGAUCCCGGACUGGCUGCAGGUGUAUGCCAGAGCCCCAUUGAAGUAUGACCACAUCCUGAAGUGGGAGCUGUUCCAGCUGAUGGAUCUGGACACUUAUCAGGGGAUGCUGAAGCUGCUCUUCAUGAAGGAGCUUGAAUGUAUCGUCAAAUCCUACGAAGCAUAUCGACAAGCGCUGCUCUCUGAACUCGACACACGCAAACAGCGGCAGCAGUGGUAUGCUCAACAGCCAACCAAAAACUUCCCUCAGAACAUGUGACUCGCCCAAACUCCAGCAUCACCUGUGCCUUAGCUGCUGAUGCAGUUUUGUUUUCAGCUUAAAACAUGAGCCCAAAGAUAGACGUUACGCAAGGCCUGAUGGGAACUGAACACUAUUACGCAUAUAUAGAUUUCAGCCAUUGUACAGCUGUGUGUGUUACGAUUCUGUGCUUGGUUUCGGCUGUGUGUUGUGAAUGUGUUUGCAUGUUAGUGGCCUGCAGGCAGCUGUGGGUGAUGUCUGGAAAUACUCCAGCACUGUCUUUUUGGACAAUCACGACUGUUAUGUAUCAAUGUUUUAUUUUUAUUUAGUCCUGUUUGCCUUGUUGGUUUUGUUUUUAAGGUGUUGAUCUCACAAAACGGUAAAAAAAAAAUUUGCUUGUUUAUUUAAAGAUUAAAGUUUCAUGCUGAUUUAUCACUUUAAAGAUAAAGUGAUCAAUUCUGUGGCAUUCGGGUUAGUUAAAAGUGUAUUUUUCAGUUUAUAAUGAAGUUUAUCAAAGUUAGUCAAGUCUAUUAGAACAUCAACGCUAAAUAAACCAGGACAUUGUAUUGUACAUGUAAUAGUAUGCCCAAGUUUUUCUUUCCUUCAACAGCUAAAAGGUAUUUUAACCCAAAAUUUUAAUUUUUGCUACCUCUUUGUAAAGACGGCAAUAAAACAAUUUUGAGACAAGA